GGUGUUCAGCCUUUAAAAAACAUUUAAAGCGUUUAUAUGAUUGUGAAAAUUAAAAACAUUUGAUUCAAGCGUUUAUUGAUCCUGAUGUGUCACGGAGUAUGAAAUACAUGUCUACAACUAAAUGAAUACAGUUGGUCUGGCAACGCUGUUCAGAAUGGGGUGUAUUUGUGGUAAAGAAAGCAUCACCAUUAAUAAUCGAAGAUUUUACAUAAGGUCUAGACUUGGAGAAGGUGGAUUCAGUGUAGUGGACCUACUAGAAGAUGCGAGAAAUCAUACAAUGUAUGCUAUGAAGAGAAUAACAUGCCAUGAUAAGAAAGAUGAACAAGUGGCCAUGCGUGAGGUGGAAAUCAUGAAAUCUACUAAGCACAGUAACCUUGUGCUAUUGAUUGAAUAUGCUAUGAUCACUGUUGGUCAGCAUGUGCAAUCUCACGAGCCUAUCACAGAAACACUAAUUGUGAUGCCAUUUUACAAAAGAGGCACUGUCCAAGAUAGAAUCGAGUCACUCAGUCGAAAAUCAGAUAAAAUGAAGGAAGAAGAUAUAUGGCCGGUGUUUCUUGGAGUCUGUAAAGCCCUGAAAGCUCUACAUAGUCACAAUCCGCCAUAUGCUCACAGAGAUUUGAAGCCAGGUAACAUAAUGAUUGGUGAUAAUGGUGAAGCAAUUCUUAUGGACUUGGGCUCGGCAGUGAAAGCAAGAGUUGAAAUCAAAUCAAGAUCUGAAGCCAUAGCUUUACAGGAUGAAGCCGCCGAGCGAUCUUCAAUGUUAUUCCGUCCACCAGAGCUGUUUAAUGUUGAGCCAGGAACCAGUGUGGACGAGAGAACAGAUAUAUGGUCAUUGGGAUGUACUCUGUAUGCCAUGGCAUUCCUGGAGGCUCCAUUUGAGCAAGCAUAUCAGAGAGGAGAUAGUAUAGCGUUGGCUGUGAUGUCAGAUAAUAUCAGAAUUCCACAAAAUACAGGAUAUUCCACUUCAAUAGAGGAGACUAUUCGUACCUGUAUGGUAGUAAAUCCUAUGGAGAGACCUUUUAUUGACCAAAUCCUGAAUAAAGCUCAAACUAUGUGCAACAAAAAUAGUGCAAAUGCGUGACGAAUACAUGUACAUGUAUAUGUAACCAAGAAUUAGACUUUUGAACGAGGGGAAAAUCCAUCAGUGAUAUAUACAGUGUAUCACUCACUCUAUAUCAUUCACUGGUGAAAUUCAUUUUGGUCAAAACACUAAAAAUAUAAAUUAAGAGAUAAGUUGUGGGUGUUAUGUGAAUUUGGAGUAUGAUUUGUUUCUAAGGAACAAUUUUCAAUACUAACAUUAUACUACAUGCUUGAAUAAGUAUUUUGAAAAGUUUCAUUUGCUGAUGAGAUAUUUUUCAUUUUUCACAGAAAUCAAGAGUCAGUAUGAAUAAUAUCUUAUAUAGCUUAUCUCAUUAAGGCUGAAUGGUUGCCAAAUUUAUAUUUUAAACUAACAAUUUCAAUGCUAUACAUAUUUGGAAAUGGAAAAAUAUCAUUUAUAGUAAUUUCAUGAUAGGAAAUACAGUAUGUGCUUUGUGAAAAUGAUAUUGAUCCUCAUAAUUGUUGCUGAUAUAAUUUGGAGGAUUUCAUUUCCCAUACUUGCAAAUACAAAUAUGAAAGUAACUGUUGACUUACAUGUAAUUAUUGGAUAUUUUUUGUAUUCAAAAUAUAACGAAAUGAUAAUAAAUGGAUCAUUGCAGUUAGAAUUGAAAAGCAAACUAAUAUUGCUAAGUCUAAGAAAUCUGCAUUACCGGCCUGGUUCUCUUUACUGGUCACAUAAUCAAGUCAUUAUGGCCUGCUGUAGGUCAGAAAGUUGACCCAUAUUCUGCCAAUGGUGAUUGUAAUAGUUCCUGCAAAAGUUUGAUUACAGACCCCCUGUAGUCAUCCUGAACCAAGCUGUUUGAAAUCCGUACUAUACUUUUUUCUGAAUUCAAGAAAUUUAAAUGAUUUUAAUAUUUAAUCAAACAGACAACAACUUCAGCAGAUAAUAAAUUUUCCUAGCAUGCAAAGGGUUUAUUGCAUUCUAAUGCAUAUAUUUAUCACAUAAACCCUGACAUGGGAGUGUAAUAAAACCAUUUAAUAAAAAUGAUAUUGCACUAGUGUAAUAACACUUUGAUGUGACAUCAUUUGCAUUAUAAUACAAACAUUGUUAAAGCGUUCUAAUGUUAGCAUUACACUAUAUGCAUGUCAAUGAAAAAUAACUCUUUUAGCUGUAAAUCGUUCUAAUUUUAGAUAUUUGAUAAAUAAAAUUUUAUAUUUGUGUAGAUUCAAUACAAAAUUUAUUGAACUUGUUGAAUAAAUCAAUAUAUGAUUUUAUUCAACUCGUUCAAUAAAUUUAGUAUUAAAUCCACACUCAUUCAAUAACCUCUAUAGAAUCUAUAUGUAUUUUCCAUUGAAUCAGAAAUUUUAGUCUGUCUUUCUAUGUUUUAUUUGGGACCAAAUGGUUGUACAUCUUAUUUUAAUUUACUUUUGUAAAUGCAUAAUUGUUAAUAUUUGUUUAUUUUGUGCAAUAAUAAAUAUAUUAUGUCAUACA